AUGUCGGAUCUACCUGACUUCGACAACCUUCCCAAAGUCAAAGACAUGCCUCAAGGCUGUGCCUGGGGUGUCUUUGACAAAGACGGCAAGAAAGACAUCUUCGGCACACUCAACCUUCUCACCCCCGAAGUCGUCAAAGCAGCCUACACUGAGCUCCAAUCCGGCGUCUCUGUCUCCCUCAAUUGGCCCAUAGGCGCUAUCGCCACCCCCGGUUUCGGCCGCAAAGGCCUGGUGCACAAGGUCACUUCCUUCAUCGACACCCCGCUUGCAGCGCAUGGGUACGACGAUGAAGUUGAGUUCAACACGCAGUGCUCUAGCCAAUGGGACAGUCUGUGUCACUUCCACCACCAAGAGAGCGAAAGCGGGUAUAACGGAGUGAAGACGAAUGUGGAAGCGCUCACGCAGAACUUCGGGCAAGAGGAUCAUGAGCAGAAGUUGCCAACGUUGAAUCAUUGGCAUAGUCGCGGUGGACUGGUGGCACGAGGCGUGCUCAUAGACUUCAAGCGCUACGCCGACGAGACGGGGCGUAGCUUCAAUCCUUUCAAUGACGAUAAAAUCAGUGUUGAGGACAUCGAGGCAAUCGCGAAGAAGCAGGGCGUUGAGUUCCGUCAAGGAGAUGUCAUCAUAAUCCGCUCGGGAUUCACAGAAGCGUUGACGGGUCAAACGGCGGAGAAGCAGGCGGAGCUUCUGGGCUCGCAUCGAGUCUGCGGUGUUACUGGGAAUGAGGCGACAGCGAGAUGGUUCUGGAAUCAGCACUCCGCGGCAGUAGCAGGCGACAUGAUAGCCUUUGAGCACAUCCCCUCCAUUGGUCCCAAAGGUGAGGAACUCCCAGUCUCUGGGUUGAUCCUACAUCAGUACUUCCUCGCAUUGUUCGGCAUGUCUAUCGGAGAGCUCUGGGACCUCAAAUUGUUAUCGGAGAAGUGCAAAGAACUUGGACGAUAUAGCUUCUUGCUGACAAGCGCGCCGUUGAAUGUGCCUGGUGGAAUCGGUAGCCCGCCAAAUGCGCUGGCGCUGUUCUAA